AUGGCUAAUUUACAUUCAAAUUAUUCAGUUGAUCAUGAUAUUAGAAAUUUACUCGAUGAUCUUAUUGAACAGAUUCAUCUAGUGAAUUCACUUUGUGAUAAUGUAACAAUUAAACUUGAACCACGUUAUCAUAAGAAAGUAAAAAAAACAAAAAAUCGAUCUAUGACAUCAAAACAAAAGAAACGUCAAAUUUUUUCAAGUUCUGAAGAUGAUAGUUCAUCGUCAAGUGAUGAAUCAUUUCUAUCUGACGAUAAAAAUACGCUUAUAAAUGAUGAUUCAGAAUCAGAUACCGAUGAACAAAAAGCUCUUCGUAAUCGUCAUGGUCCACGUACACGUAACGAACUUGCUGUUGAUGAACUUCCACCAAUUGAAAAUCUAACAAUUACACUUAGCGAAGAAACACCCAUUGAAUGUAUUGGUCAUAUACGUCAUAUUAUCGAUGGAAAAUUAGUUAUUAUUGAAUCAUUAGUUCAUUCGCCAGCACUCAAUGAUGAUAGUGUUAUUUUCAAUCGUGAUCGUCGUUCAAUUGGACUUAUAUUUGAAACAUUUGGACCAGUUGAAAAACCUUAUUAUUCUAUUCGUUAUAAUGACAUUGAUAAUAUUUAUCAACGUCAAAUUGAAUUAAAUCAAGAAGUUUUCUAUGCACCAAAAGAAACAACAUAUACAAAAUAUGUUUUUGUACAAGAAUUAAGAGCAUUAAAAGGUUCCGAUGCAUCAUGGGAAGAUGAUAAUGAACCACCCAAAUUUGCUAUUGAUUAUAGUGAUGAUGAACAAGAACGUGCAGCUAAAGCAAUACAAAAAGGAAAAAGAAAUUUUGAAGAAAUUACCAAUGAACAAAUGAUGGAUGCAACAGCUAAUCAUAUUAACAAUUUUCAACCAAAUCAUUUCAAUGCAGAACGUGGCCGAGGUCGAGGUCGUGGUCGUGGUUAUAAUCGAGGUUUUCGUGGUGGUAAUGAUAAUCGACCUGCACCAAGUAUACCUAAUUGGUUUCAAAAUACAUCAAAUUCACCAUCACCACAAUAUCGUUCAACAAUACCACAAUCAUCUUGGCAAAACAAUGCCAAUACUACUACUAAUAUGUCUACUCCGUUUUCAAAUGUAGUCAGUUCUAGUACAAAUAAUCCAAAUGUACGCCCAACCCAGCAGCAAUCAUUUCAAGGAAAUAAUUCUACUCAUAGUGUUUUCCCAUGGAUGUAA